AUGCCUUUACUGGAGUUUGAAGAGGUCUCAGAACUGCAGGGGGAUCCUGGCUACCCCCUGGGGCGAUUUGGAGCGGCCAUCACUGCCCUGAGCGACAUCAAUGGAGACGGGCUGGUGGACGUGGCUGUGGGAGCCCCGCUGGAGGAGCAGGGGGCUGUGUACAUCUUCAACGGGCAGCAAGUGGGUCUGAAACCCCGGCCGAGCCAGCGGAUAAAAGCGACCCAGGUGUUCCCAGGAAUUCAAUGGUUUGGACGCUCCAUCCACGGGGUGAAGGACCUUGGAGGGGAUGGCCUGGCAGAAGUGGCUAUUGGGGCUGAGGGCCAGGUUAUCGUGCUAAGCUCGCGGCCUGUGGUGGACGUCAUCACACAGAUAUCCUCCUCCCCGGCCGAGAUCCCAGUGCACGAAGUGGAGUGCUCCCAUUCAACCAGUGAUGAGGAGAAAGAGAAGGAAGGAGUUACCAUCUCAGUCUGUUUCCAGGUCAAGUCUCUCAUCCCCCAUUUCCAAGGGCCCCUGACUACCAACCUCCACUACACUCUGCAGCUGGAUGGCCAUCGGACCCGAAGCCGGGGCUUAUUCUCAAAUGGAAGACAUGAGCUCAGCAGGGACUCAGUGAUCACCCCACAAUUGUCCUGCGAAAACUUCAGGCUCCACUUCCCGGUGUGCAUUCAGGACCUCAUCUCUCCCAUCAGCGUCUCCCUAAAUUUCUCUCUCCAGGAGGAAGAAGGGACAUCGAGGGAACAAUGGACGCAGGGUAUGGACAUGCAGCCCAUCCUGAGACCCUCAGCACACUUGGAGACCAAGGAGAUCCCAUUUGAGAAGAACUGUGGAGAGGACAAGAAAUGUGAGGCAAACCUGGCGCUGUCCUCCCCUGAAAGCUCCAAAGUCCUACGCCUGACCCCCUCUGCCAGCCUCUCCGUGGGGCUGACGCUGAGUAACUUGGGAGAAGACGCUUACUGGGUCCAACUGGGCAUGAGCUUCCCCCAGGGACUCUCCUUUCGAAAAGUGGAGCUGCUCAAGCCCCACAGCCAGAUACCUGUGAGUUGUGAGGAGCUUCUUGGCAAGUCUGAGCUCCCCACCAAGACCCUCUCUUGCAACGUGAGCUCCCCCAUCUUUAAAGCAGGCCUCUCGGUUAAUAUCCAGGUGAUGUUUUAUACACUGCUGAACAGCUCCUGGGGGGACUUCGCUGAGCUGCACGCCAACGUGAGCUGUGAAAAUGAGGACUCCGGCCUCCUGAAGGACAACUCAGCCAGCACCAGCAUCCGGGUCAUGUACCCCCUCAACAUCGUCACGGAGGACCAGGAGGACUCUACACAGUACAUCAGCUUCACCAGCGACGGUCCCAAGAGCCAACACUUCAAGCACAUCUACCAGGUAGGGAUUCAGCCCUCUGACCAGGACCACAACUUGCCCGCCCUGGAGGCCUUGGUUGGGGUAUCACAGCAUCACGUCAAUGGACCCCUCAAAUACACAUGGGAUGUGCAAUUGGAGCCGCCUGUCAUCUGCAAUCACAAGGACCUGGGGACUCUGCCUGGUGAGACUAAGCCUUGUCAGCCCGUGGCUCAGCGCCUCUGCACAGUUGAUUUUAAGCAGGAGUUCCUCGUGAAAGUGAUGGGGACCGUGGAGCUGGUGGGGGAGAUCGAGGCCGCCUCCAUGUUCAGCCUCUGCAGCUCCCUCUCCAUCUCCUUCAACAGCCGCAAGCAUUUCCACCUCUAUGGCAGCAAUGCCUCCCUGGCCCAGGUCAUCACAAAAGUCGAAGUCGUGUUUAAGAAGCCAAUGCUCUAUAUCUAUGUGCUGAGUGGCGUCGGGGGGCUGUUGCUGCUGCUGCUGAUUUUCAUGGGGCUCCAGAAGGUUGGCUUCUUCAAACGGGAUCUGAAAGAGAAGAUGGAGGCUAAUUUAGAUGCCCCCAAUGGAAUCCCUGGAGGAGACUCUGGACAGCCGGCAUCUGAGGAGGCGGUGGAGUCCCUCCUCAGGGAGAAGGCCCAGGAGAAAGAUGGCAAAGACUCAGACCAGGCCUGACACAGAGGACCCAGGACUACACUCUGCCUGCAUCUUAUCGUGUGUCCUUGGGCAAGUCACUGCCCCUCCCUAGGCCUCAGUUUCCCUGUCUUGAACAUGGAGCCCAUUCCUCCCUGCCUUGUUUGUGAGACUCCACUGAGGGACAGGCCAGGAAGCCUACAGAGGUGAGGCCUUGCGCUUAUCAGAUGGUCCUGGCUUCCACCAGCUCCUCUUAGUUUCCUCCCCUGGAAGAGAAUUUGGAGAAACUGUAGUCUCAGGGCCUAGGGCCAUCCCUGUCCCUCACAGACACCUGCCCAUGGAUGUCCACAGAGGCCUCAGAGGCCUGUGGAUGUCCCAGAACCUUGCCCUGCAUUCUUUCCUGCCUGGAGUCCAUCCUGCUUGCCAAUAGCAAAUCCAAUCUCUGUUUUUCACAUUACUGUUGCAAGCCCCUUGCUCUUUGGCUAACGGCCAAAGGCCCUCACGUGCCUUUCAGAACCUGCAGAAUAGCACAAAGAUGCUAUCCCUGUCUCCCCUCCUGAGCUCCAGUGGCACCAGCCUUUCCACUGCCUAAGCUCUUUUGGUUUCACUGCUUCUCCCAGACAGCUCCCUCUGCCUGGAACAUUCCUCCCCGUCCUUCCGGCUCACUCUCACUCAGCCUUACCUCAGUGCACACACUCCGUGGAGUCCUCAUAGACACACUCACACUAGCCUGCACUCGUGUCGGGGCUGAGCAGCUGGUGAACCUGAAUUCAAGCCUAGGGGUCAAUGAGUAACCAAGUCACGUGAGCUGGUGUUCCGCGUGAUCCUGGGGAAGACUCGUGCCCUUUCUGGCUUUGGCUGCCCCAUCUCAGAAACUGUCAUAAAAGGGGGGUGGGGGCGAGCAGCUUGCUCUCUUAGCACUGGUCGGGCUUGUUCCUUGUGGAGUGAUUUACUUCGCAUCUGCUUGAGCAUUAGACAGUGAACGCCAUGAGGGGAGGGACCAUAACCUGCCUUGUUCACCUUGGCUUCCUGGUGAUAGCAGAGUCGGACACACGGGCGGGACUUGACGCGCUCUCGCUGAGUUAGUGACAGAGUCUGUGGGAAGAGGUGGGAAAAGGCUCCGCUGGGCCCGGGCAUUGGCCCUUCAAGGCUCUGCCUUUCCCAGUGGCCGGCCCCCUGGCUCCACAGCCCCACCGCGACUCCAGCGCACCCCCGCCGUGGCACGGGGCUCCAGGGUGGGCGCCACGUCUGUUAUCUGGGUUCUCAGUUCUAAGAACAGUGUCUGCAUAUAUUUACCUGAUAAAUGUGAAAUUUUGUCCAGUUUGUUACGUCUUUGCGCUGGGGCAACAUUCCAAGUGAGUGUUUCCUUCUCACUGCUCUCACUGAAGGGGCCCAAAGGGUCAGCUCUCCUCUCUCUCUCUCUCUCUCUCUCUCUCCCUUUUUUUUUUUGUUGUUGUUGUUGCUGCCAUGAUGCCCCUCAGAGAAGCAGGGAGAGAAUGGGUGAGAAAGUGUGAGGGGCCAUUAACAAUUCAUGAAGAUGUGCCCCAGACCUUCCCUGCCCGCUUCCUUUUUUAAAAAGUAGUGAUUGGAGGGGCUCUCAUAGCCACCCUCCCUUUGUGGGCCAGGGAAG